UCUCCCUCCCUCUGCUGGCUAACAUGCUAGGCUAGCUUGGUUAGCUUGUGUGAUUAGUUGAGACGCACCGGCUCCAUCAACGUCCCGGUGCUGUUUGUUAGGACUGAACCUCCUCUCCGUUAACCACGGCAAUCACGGCACAGACAGACCGAAGGGACAUAGAAUAUAUUUAGCCAAUAAUACGUGAAGAUGAUUAAACUAUUUUCCCUGAAGCAGCAGAAGAAAGACGAGGAAUCUGCGGGAGGAAACAGAACAGGAGCCGGGGGUAAAAAAGCCAGCGCGGCCCAGCUCCGAAUACAGAAAGACAUUAAUGAGUUGAACCUGCCAAAGACGUGUGAGAUCAACUUCCCCGACGACGAUGACCUCCUCAACUUCAGACUCAUCAUCUCACCAGACGAGGGAUUUUACAAAGGAGGGAAAUUUGUCUUCAGCUUUAAGGUAGGACAGGGUUACCCCCACGACCCCCCCAAGGUAAAGUGUGAGACGAUGGUGUACCACCCCAACAUCGACCUGGAAGGAAAUGUCUGCCUAAAUAUCUUAAGAGAGGACUGGAAGCCUGUGUUGACGAUAAACUCCAUCAUCUACGGUCUACAGUAUCUAUUUCUAGAGCCGAACCCAGAGGACCCUCUGAACAAGGAGGCAGCUGAAGUUCUGCAGACGAACCGGCGGCUCUUUGAGCAGAACGUCCACCGCUCGCUGCGGGGCGGCUACGUGGGCGCCACCUACUUCGAGAGGUGUCUGAAAUAACCCGGCGUCUCCGUCCUGUCAUCCUCCAAACACCCCCCCUUCCCCCCUACCCUCCCCCCUCUCACGCUCCCUCCCCCCUUUUACUCCUCGUUGCUCGCUGGCAGAACAGGAGCUGCAGCGACAGAAAGCAGCACGCCACAAGACGCUUUUCUGUUUUAAAACAAA